AAACUCACUUAAACGCAUCACUUGCCUGGACGCGUCUGUAGAGAUCUUUGAAAUCUGCCACUUCAAAUUUAAUUAGCUGCUAUUUGCUUGUUUAUUUUCUUUUAAUUUCUGCAGAGUUCGCCCUCUUCAGUUACUCCACCUUGACCUCCCAGGAUUCACUUUAUCACAUUUUCAUAUCCUGAGGGCAGGACUAACUUGUUUGCUGGCUUUCCUCCCAGCUCCGGUGUUGCGUCAUGUUUGGGAACUUCGCUCCAAUGAGGGACUCGCUUUGUGCUUUGUGGAGGGAGAGAGAGGGAGAGAGAGAGAGGGAGAGAGAGGGAGAGAGGCGGCUGCAGCGUUUCCACCAACAGGACGGGAUCCAAAAUACCCACAUCACCUGCGGAGACGAGCUGGAUUUCCCCCCGUGGUUUCGGAAACAGGCACCCUGCGCGGUUACAGGAGAAGCGCGCUCCGUGUGGAAAGAGAUCCUGAAGUGGUUCUAGGUGAUUUUGUAUCAGGAAAUAGAAAUUAAAAAAAAAAAAAAAAAAAAAAUGAGCGCGCAGUUUUGUCCUUCUUGAGGACAGGACCUUUGAAGCAACAACAAUGGGCUGCGCCUGCACCGAGAGCUCACGCAUGGAGCCGCGCUGCGCACACACAUGGGGAUUGUAGCGCGUCCGACGCAGGCGGAAUUUGUCAGUUUAGUUGUAAAACAGUGUUUUCUGCGCUGAAGGGUCAUCGGUCGGAGCCCGCGAUGCCCGUGAGGAACAGGUACAACCUGGUGGACGAUGUGGCGGACUCUAGGCUUCCGCUGCACAACGAGGAGGCUUAUCAGCAUGGGAUUUAUUUUCAAGCCAAGUACGUGGGGAGCCUCGACGUGCCCAGACCCAACAGCCGGAUGGAGAUCGUGGCGGCCAUGAGGAGAAUUCGGUAUGAAUUCAAGGCUAAGAACAUCAAGAAGAAGAAGGUCAGCAUCGUGGUGUCCGUGGACGGGGUCAAGGUGAUGCUGAGGAAGAAACAGAAGAGAAAAGAGUGGACGUGGGACGAGAGCAAAAUGCUGAUCAUGCACGAUCCGAUAUACAGGAUUUUCUACGUAUCUCAUGACUCCCAGGACCUAAAGAUCUUCAGCUACAUCGCAAGAGACGGCUCCAACAAUUCCUUCAGAUGCAACGUGUUCAAAUCAAAGAAGAAGACGCAGGCCAUGCGUAUUGUGCGGACAGUGGGUCAGGCGUUUGAGGUUUGCCACAAGCUCAGCCUGCAGCACGCCGAGCAGGACGCUGACGGACAGGCCGAUGGAGAGAGCGACAAGUCUACGGACGAGACCAGCAGCCACGGUCGCAAACUGACGGGAGCUGAGCGAGAAGACGAGGACGAGGACGGUAAACGUGGAGGAAGACGGGGUGGAGGAGAAGACCCUUCCGCUGGAGCUUCGCUGUGUGAGAAGGCAGUCAGCGAAAUUCUGCAGAGCCUGGCGGAGCUGAAUGUCGUCAAACCCGGACAGACCAUCAUGGACUUUGAUCGACGGUCCUUCUUCACUGUGACAUCACAAGGCGUCACUCCCAGCAGCCCCUGCUCUCCGUCUCUCACUCCCCUGGCGUCGCAGCACUACCUGCAGCUCCUCCAGCAGCAGCUGCAGCAGCAGCAGCAGCACACGCAGGUGGCUGUCGCGCAGGUGCAGCUGCUGAAAGAUCAGAUGGCGGCAGAGACGGCCGCUCGCAUGGAGGCCCAAGCCCGCGUCCACCAGCUGCUGCUGCAGAACAGGGACUUGCUGCAGCACCUGGCCCUGCUCGUGCAGCAGCUGAAAGAGCUGGAGAACCGCUCCCCGAAAACAACCGGGCAGCUGCAACAGGAGCUCCGAGCUAACGGACACAAUGGCCAUCCGUCAUUGUGCAGCUCGGUUUCCGCGUCAGCAAAGUCUCUCACUCUGAAUCUGAAAAAUCACUACAGUCAGACCCUGGACCAGCUCAUCACCUCCACGCCCUCGUGGCCGCUCCAAACCUCCCAGGUGGACAGUGCAGAGUCCUACCUCAACCUGCUCAACCUGGAGAGCAGCACCAAGCCAGCGGCCCCGGUCGGCGACCUGGACCCCUUCAUCAGGGCCAACGGCACGGCGGACAACGGGGAGAGCUCCUGCAACGAGAUCGUCCCGUUCGCGUCGAGAAACUCUGCCAGCAUGGAUGACAAGUGCAAACAGAUCAUCCCCAAACUCGACCCGCCUCCGCCCUCCGUGAACCGCAAGAGGGCCAGCAGGACGUUAUCUCCGGGGUCGGACGUCACAGCUGCGGCCGCGCCCGGCAAGGUCACCUCUAACGACGCGGCCCCGAGCCGCAGCAGCAGCCUCUCGUUCCCCGACGUCACGCCGGGCUCCCUGUCGUCCGGCGAUUUCCACUCGCUCAGUAACGGCGAGAGCAGCUCCUGCUCGGCCAGCGAGGACUCGGGCGUGCGCUCCGAGACCAAGUCCCUGCUGUCCCCGCUGCGCGACGACGACGACCUGUUCGGGGAGCGCGGGACUUUUUUGACGGCCUCCAGCGGCUGCGACAGUCCCCUGGAGGAGAGGUGCGAGGCGGUUCUCUCGCCGCCCGAGUCGUAUCCCCCCGACCCCUCAGCCCUCGGCUCCCAUUCAGACACCUGCACUCACCCCCUGCCCUUCUCCUCCCUGAUGAAUGACACCUGCCUUCACAUCAGCUUCUCCGAGGAUGAGCUGCUGGAGAGCAGCCAGGAGGACCCUAAUGCUCCGCAGCGGAGUUAGGAGCGCGAGCAGAUGUCCCCCUUUGAGAUGUUUCACUAUGUUCUUCAAUCAACUUUUAAUCUUAAUCUAUCCUGUGUUCGGGCCGGGCUCCGGUUUUAAACCGUUCCAUUCGUUUGUGACACAGUGCAGACGUAGCAUAUACUGAAACUACUGAAAAACAAUGUGUAAAUUAUUAGCCGACGGACAGAUUUAGUAUUUUUGUAAUGAGAUUAAUGAUCUAACUUUUUAGCGACUAGAAUGUUAAGCAGAAUACAUGUAGCACAUUCUUGCACUGUGUGAGUCACGCGUAAUUUUACCGUAGAGUUCAAAGCCAGUGAGGAGAAACACGUUUUAUUUUUGCUAGUGGUUCGGUGUUUAAAACGUUGGUAUUUUGUAUGAUGCUUCACUGUGACGACGGCCGUCGCGGAGACGGCGGUUUCUGCGGGGGGGGGGGGGGAUUCGCGAAUGGUCGCGCAAAUGUCGGUGAUGCCGGGAAGAGCCUCGGCUUCUGCAGAGCACCUGACGGGAUCGUGGGUGGAGAGGAAAGAACAGGAAAGUCAGUGAAAGGGAAAAGGGAGUUAGAUAGAUAGAGGCGAGUGGGGGUAUUUUUUUUUAGAAGGUUUUACUCGUGUUUUGAGGUUUUCAGACUCGUAGGUUUCACGGCGAAGCAGCACUGAGGAUGGCUGUGAAAUAGCUGUGUUGCAUUGGUUCUGUAUGUGUAGCGUGGAGCCAAUCUUCUAACAAAGAACAGGGAUUUCUGCAUUGGAUUAAAUGAAAGAAAGCAAAACCCCCCCAAACAUUGACAUAACAAGCUAACGGCCGUGGAAGCUUUGGAUUGCACCUGCGUGAGAGGAGCAUCUGUUGUAAGAAUGCACCCUGAGACUCAAUGCAAAGAUGAUUGGGGGGGGAAAAAAAACCUUGGAGUAAUGCAGGGCUGGCAGAUGGAUAUUCUCUGCUCAAGCUCUCUCGCUUUGUGAAAACCCCACAAAUCUUCAUCUCUUAGCGCUCUCAGGAUAAGCUGCCAACACAUGCAACGUUUAUUUUCCAUUUGGGUGCACUGCACUUGAGCCUAAGUUGCGGGAAAACAUUUUCAACUCCUUUCACAUACCUCAAUGUGUAGUACAGUUGCAUCAGUAAUUGGCUGAAUAGAUUAGUUCACCGACUAAUUGAGUCAACCCCUCUCAGAUAUCAGGGUGAACUUACAACAUUGGACAUUUUAUAGAUCAGAUAGUUAAAUAUUACGCGUAUUAAUCCGUUAGAGAAUGAGCUGUUUGGAUGUGCGCUUAACGAGAUGCUGCGGCUCCGUUAAAGGUCUUGAAUUAAGUGAACUCGUAUCAUCUUUUGACGUGUAGAAGCGAAAAUAAAAAGGGCAAAGAAGAUGAGGUGUGACGGAGAGGGCGCAGAGGUGCAGGUGUAAAGUGCCCACGGGCCAAAUAUUUUACACCCAGAAAUGAGGCUUUUCUCAGCAUCACCAUAUGGCGGGGGGCUUAACAGCAAUAACAUGUGAAUGGGGGGAAAAAUAAUUAUAAUAAA